UUUGUCCGCAACGUGUUACGUGCGUUACUGCCCUAUUCAAGCGUAUCAGGGUCUAAAAAAACAUUAUAUUGCAAAAGCGCUUUGCGCCUGUGUGCUAUCGCUUAUUCCCUCGUUCUUGUGUCAUGGUGCUAAGCCCAACGUAUUUGGGGGUCGCUCUCUUGUUGGUAAGAAGCCUGGCACAACCCCAGUUCCACAAGAGAGAAAAGUGCCGUCAAUUGUCUCAACAUGCUUACUCCUGCUUGGAUAGUACACCUGCAACGGGACUACCGGUCCAUAUCAAGAAUGUAUUCAAGGGCAGAAAGUUCAAUGAUAUGGUCUUGCGCUGCUAUUAUGAAAAUACUGAAUGGGCCAACUCUCAGCAUAUGUGCGAAGGCGUUAAGUCGCUGCAGAUGAUAAUGACUUGCAUGAAAAAUACAAUGUUUGAGACUCCAAUACCGUCAUCAUACCAAAAAGUCUACCUGAUUGACUUCGCCGAUAAAGUCACUGAGUGUCUCGCCACGUUACUGCACCACCCAAUGCCUUAUGGCAGAAGCGCCGCUGAAGUGAUUGGUGAAUCAAAAUCUUAACUCGCCUUAUCCGCUGACGUCUUCUAGGAGGCUGUCCCCUUGGAAAGGUUCUCCUUUUUGGAUUAAAAUCAUGCUACCUUCUACACGACAGGUAUAUGAAUGCUCUGAUGAGUUGCCUCAAACCCAAUAAAGACGUAUUCGCAUUUUG